AUGACGGAAAACAAGGCAAUCUCCCCGCUUGUGGGACAUACAGUCCUUCCCCCACAGAUGAGCGAUCCGCAAAGUUUAGCCCUCCUAUGGAAAUAUGCCGGCAGUGUCCCGCUAAAACGCGAAAACGCCACAACUGCGGAGACACCCGUGAAGAGAAGGGCACCAAGACGUCGUGGGCCCAUUGGCGCAUUUCUAUCCUACAGCACGUGCACUGGAGCGGUCUCAAUACCACACCCACAAGUAGCACCACUUGCACCGCCGAUGGGAAGAAUACGGAAUCGAGUUGAGCUCAGCGAUGGAUCUAAGCCCAAAGCAAUCAGUUCAGAAGACCUCGCCGAGCUGGAGCUCCAGGAAAGAGCCCUUACAGAUAUUCUAGCUCAGCGUAUUCAGUGGGAAGAGGCUAUGAUAGAGAGGAAUUACCAAAGCAGGGUCCUGUCGGCGAGGCAUCUCGGCCCCCCAAGGAAGAAUCUGAAACGUUCAAGAGGUGUGGAGGCGGCCCGCUUGACGACCCUGACUCAGGCGACUCAAAUUGUGGCUAGAGAGGCCUAUAACGGGAUUCCGGAGGAUGAGAUUAGUCCUUAUGCGAAGAGGGUUAGGUUUUACGAGUCCGAUUAA